AUGUUCGAAAAGUCGUUGGUGGACCUCAUUAAAGGUCUACGCAGCCACAAGGGCAAUGAAGCGGAAUAUAUCCAGGGCGCCAUCAAGGAAUGUCGAAGCGAGAUUCGUUCACAGGAUCUGGAUCUGAAGGCUACAGCACUCUUGAAACUGAUCUAUCUGGAGAUGUUCGGUUACGAUAUGACAUGGGCUGCCUUCAACGUCUUGGAAGUCAUGGCAUCUCCAAAACUGAUGCAAAAACGAGUAGGCUAUCUUGCUGCUGUCCAGAGCUUCCGACCUGAAACCGAGAUUUUAAUGUUGGCCGAGAACCUGCUCAAGAAAGAUCUCACCUCACCGACGAUUCCAAUUCUCUCGCUUCCUCUAACAACUCUUCCACAUUUUGUCACCUCUUCAAUGGCCUUGUCAAUUCUUACCGAGCUUCUUCCACGAAUGUCACAUUCGCAGCCUGCAGUCCGAAAGAAAACCAUAGUUACGCUGUAUAGACUAGCACUGGUCUACCCGGAAACCCUGAGGGUUGCAUGGCCGAAGAUAAAGGAGCGUCUUCUGGAUGAAGAGGAAGACAGCAGCGUUACUGCCGCCACUGUCAAUGUCGUCUGUGAGCUGGGAUGGCGACGACCACAAGAUUUCCUCCCAUUGGCACCCAGACUGUUCGAGCUCUUGCUUGCCCAGAAAAACAACUGGAUGGGCAUUAAGAUCAUCAAGUUGUUUGCUGUUCUUACGCCACUGGAACCACGACUUGUGAAGAAACUUGUGCGUCCCCUGACAAAGUUGAUCCAGGAGACCACGGCGAUGUCUCUAUUAUACGAGUGCAUUAGCGGAAUUAUUCAAGGGGGCAUUCUCGACGGUGCUGACAGUGGUGUCGACGUGGAAGAAGUUGCCGAUCUCUGCAUAUCUAAGUUGAGAGGCAUGAUUGUCCUUGAUGGCGAUCCUAACUUGAAAUACGUCGCGCUUUUAGCGUUUAACAAAAUUGUCGGGACGCAUCCGGCUCUUGUUUCGAUGCAACAGGACGUUAUCAUGGCGUGCUUGGAUGACCCGGACAUCUCUAUCAGAAUGCAAGCAUUAGAGUUGGUAUCGGGCAUGGUCAAUAGCGACAGCCUUCAGGCUGUCGUGAACAGGCUGAUGAAGCAACUCGCUAGUCUGCCUUCCUCUAAUGAUGCGAACGGUCAUUACGACGAGGGACAAACAGAUAUGGAACAGAGGCUAGUACCUGAUAAGAGAGGUUCCGAGAAUGCACCUUUGUCAGACGAGUACCGACAUGAAGUAAUCGGCAGGAUCCUGGAUAUGUGCUCGUACAACACGUACGCAAAUAUCACAGACUUCGAGUGGUACAUUGAGAUUCUCGUCCAUCUCGUGCGGCAUCUUGCAGCCGACCAAGAUAGAUCCCAAUCGAGGGCUAUGGGCGAGAAUAGCACUUCUUUGGGCGCCCGAAUAGGGUCUCAACUCCGCGACAUUGCUAUUAGGGUCAAAGAGCUUCGCCCCGAGACUACCAGAGCUGCAGAAACGCUUGUGCUCAUUUCCAACCGAGCGAUCGCAUACCCGAGACACGGAUCUGCACAAAGCCAAGUCCUGCAAGCCACGGCCUGGAUAUGUGGUGAAUACGCCGAGUAUCUCUCAAACCCUUUCGAAGUUCUCAACUCCCUGAUCCACGAGUCCUCAUACGGGUUUCCCCCUGGCACGCUCGCCAUUUUCAUUCAAGCUCUCCCGAAGGUAGUCUCACACAUCGCUGUCGUCACCAAUCGGGAAUGGAAUAUCUCCAGGGGAACCACUAUGUCCUUGUUACUGGCUCGAGCUACUGAAUUUCUUGAGAAACUAUCAUCUCAUCCCAAUCUAGAGGUGCAGGAACGAAGUGUUGAGUUCUUGGAGCUCCUCCGGCUUGCAACAGAAGCGCUCUCGGGACAGGCCAGGGAUAGCAGCCAGGCGCCACUUCUUCUCACAUCUGCCGUUCCGUCACUUUUUGCCGGCCUAGAACUCAACCCUGUCUCCUCGGCGGCACAGAAAAAAGUGCCUCUUCCCGACGAUCUUGAUCUGGAUGCACCCAUCAACCCUGACCUGCCAUCGAUUCUUCAGGCGUCACAAGUGGCUGACGAAGACGAGUCUGGUGACGACAUCUUCUUCAGUUUCUACCAUGAGCGUGAACCUGCCCCGGCAGUUACCUCUUUUCAAGCUCCUCUGGCAGCAGCAUUACUGGACUCCGCAAAUGAACACGAGCCCAUCUCCUAUCAAUCUACCCCAGAUUCACCAGCCACGUUAGCAAGACGAAAAGCCGAAAGGCUUGCGCGGGCCAGAGAUGAUCCAUUCUAUAUUGCACCAGCAGAUGAUACAGAUCCCCGCAUCCACGAAAUUAUCAGUGGGACGAACGGCGGUGAAGAGUUGGAUGUUGAGUCAAUUCCUAUAAUAGAUCUACACAUUGACCCUGCGCAGACUCUUGCGGCACACCAGACGGCAGGUCUAGCAGAACUGCGAACGGCCAGAAAGAAGAAGCCCCGCAAGUUCGUGAUUGCUGCGGAUGAAACGCUUGGCUUUGGGCCACAGACUCCUCCAAUGUCACAAUCCCUAUCGACAUCCAAUGCUGGCUCUCACUCAUCAACGCCAACCGCUAGUCGUCCUCGAUCUCUCAGCCCCAAUGCACAACUUCGUGGGAAAACCUCUACCCGUCCAACUCGGAGCUUACUGACCGUUGACUCAUCGACUCUCCAGGAUCUGAUCCUGGAGGGAGGGUCUGCUGAAAAUGAGCUGGACAUUCUUCGGCGUGAAGCUGAAGAGGCCGAGAUGGCUCGAGCCCUACGUGAAGUCGAAAGAAAAAGACUUGAGAUGCAACGUGAAGCCGAGCGUGGAAGAACCACUCUUGGUGAAGGUGUAGAUGCUGAAGGUACAGUUAUUCGCAAAAAGAAAAAGAAACGGACAAAAGCAGUGGAUGCAGUCGGCGACGCAGAUGUGGAAGGGGAACCACAGCACGACGUUGGGACAGUCAAGAAGAAAAAGAAGAAGAAGAAGGUCAAGCCCACACAGCCUUCCGCAGCGGGCGACGCGCCAGAAGCCAGGGUCGAUGAAUAA